AUGGAUCCAAGAUUAAUCAAAGAAGUUUUGAUGAACAAAUUUGGACAUUUUGUGAAACCAAAAGUAAAUCCUCUUGCAAAAAUUAUAUUUGUAGGUCUUCUAAGCUAUGAUGGCCAAAAAUGGGUCAAACACAGACGAAUUAUCAAUCCUGCCUUCCAUCUUGAGAAGCUGAAGCUGAUGGUGCCAGCAUUCUCUACAUCAUUGGAUGAGCUAAUUAGAAGAUGGGACAAGAUGAUCCCUGAUGAAGGCUCUUUAGAAUUAGACGUGUUUCCAGAACUUCAAAAUCUCACAAAAGAUGUCAUUUCCAGGACUGCAUUUGGUAGCAACUAUGAAGAAGGAAGAAAAAUAUUCCAAUUCCUAACAGAGCAAACCCAGCUUUUUCUUCAUGAGGCUAUUCAAAGUGUUUAUAUCCCUGGUUAUCAGUUUCUGCCCACACCAAUGAAUAUGAGAAGAAGCCAAAUUGACAAAGAGAUGGAAAGAAUACUUAGAGGCAUGAUUGAGAAGAGAGAGAAGGCCAUGAGAAUGGGGAAAGGUAGCAAGAAUGACCUUCUGGGUAUAUUAUUGGAGUCCAAUAUGAAAGUGGGCGGAGAAGAGCAUGGCAAGUCCAAAGAAGGAGGGAUGACUACUCAGGAUGUGAUUGAAGAGUGCAAACUGUUCUACUUUUCAGGGCAAGAGACUACUUCAGCUCUGCUCACAUGGACAAUGAUUUUGUUGAGCAUGUAUCCAAACUGGCAGGCUAAGGCAAGAGAAGAGGUUCUUCAAGUGUUUGGGAAGAACACACCUGACAUGGAUGGAUUGAGCCGCUUAAAGAUUGUGACCAUGAUUCUGUAUGAAGUUCUCAGAUUAUACCCACCAUUGGCUUUCCUGAACAGAAGACCGUAUAAAACAAUGGAAAUUGGUGGGAUUAGUUACCCUCCAGGAGUGCUUCUCAUGCUGCCUAUACUCUUAAUUCACCAUGACACUGAAUUGUGGGGAGAAGAUGCUAAAGAAUUCAAGCCAGAGAGGUUUGCAGAAGGGAUAUCAAAAGCUUCAAAAGUUGCAGGUGCUUUCUUUCCAUUUAGUGUUGGUCCUCGUGUAUGCAUUGGCCAGAACUUUGCACUGAUUCAAGCUAAGAUGGGACUUAGCAUGAUACUCCAGCAUUUCUCGUUUGUGCUCUCACCUUCCUACAUCCAUGCACCAUGCACUGUUGUAACUCUCCAACCACAGCAUGGAGCUCAGCUCAAGCUGCAUAAAUUCUAA